AUGCGACUAGUGAAGAGAAUUGAAUCUAGAGCGGCAAGGAAAAGAAGAUUACAAGAUGAACUUCAAAAGAAGUUGACAGAUACGUUGGAAAAGCUACAAGUAUGGAAACGAAAUAUAACUGCAGCGAAGUACAUUAGAAAUGAAAUUGACAUUAAUAAUGGAACAUCAUUCAUCUUCACCAAAGAAAAUUCCCCAGCUGGUAGAGAAUAUUACAACUCUUUUCAAAAAAGUCCCGUGACUAUUGACGAAUUUAAACGGGAGCUUCUACCACAGUCGACGCCGUUUUCGAACAUGUCUUCUUUCAACGCUUGCGCAAUAGUUGGGAAUGGCGGAAUACUAAAGAAUAGUUUCUGUGGGAGAGAAAUAGAUAGUCAUGAUUUUGUUAUGAGGUUUCAACUUCUAAACUCUUCUGCGGAAGUGGCACGUUUUAUGGUAGCGUUGAAUGAGUACACGGGGUCUCUUUUAUGGAUUCCAAAUAGCUGGGCGAUCAACACUAGCGUGACAUUCACGACAGCUAAAGUCGUAAAAGAACAUUCAAAUCUCCAUAUGUUACUGAGUGACCCAGAAUACUUUAGAAGAAUAGGGGAGCAUUGGAGAGUGGACCGAUUGCUUUCAACAGGAAUGAUGUUGGUUAGUCUCGGGCUGACUUUAUGUGACGAACUCCACCUGUACGGGUUUUGGCCAUUCACGAUCGAUGCCAAGGGAGAAACGUUACCAAUGCAUUAUACGGAAGACAUCAGUUGGAAAACGUAUCGCAGAAGUCACGAUUACCCCUCGGAAUUCAAGCUCCUUGAGUCGCUCCAUCAUAGCGGCGUGCUUAGACUUCGUGUCAAUGAAUGUAUAUACCAUUGA